AUGGAGAAUAUGAAGUUACUUGAGAAAGUUGUAAUUGCACCCGAAAAACCUACAGAACCUGGUAGGCCAGUGCCAUGUUCGGAAGAAGAUAAUCGCUUUGAAAUUGAUUGUAAUGGUGCUGGUGUUGUGGUUGUUGCAGCAAUAACUAACACCAGGUUGAGUGAAUUAGGUGACCUCUCUUCUCCCAAGCUGGAGUUCAGGCAGUUGGUUGCAUUGUUGGAUGAAGAGGGUGAUGAAGAAAGGGACUUGGAAGGACAAUCCCCUUUUGUCUAUACAGGUUUCUUAAAGGAGUUUACACAGUUUGGAUGUGGAGGUUUAGCACUUGCCUCUCGUGUCAACCAUUGCACACUAGAUGGGGUGGCAGUCAGAGGUUUUGAGGCAAAUUGGGCUGCUUUAACUCGCGGUGAUAAUCUGGUUGUUGUGUCUAAUUCAAACCGGACAAUUCUUAGAGCUCGAAACCCACCAAAUAUUAGUCAUCCACACACUAUUGAGUACUCAAAAACUACUGAGACAGAUCAUAAUUUAUUCACUGUACGAGGUUUGAGUGGCAUUGUCACAAAUCAACCCACCACAUCACAUAAUCAGACUCAUAUGGUCUAUUUGUCUCCGGAACGCAUAAGCUACUUAAAGAAGGCGGCCCUCGGGGGCGGAAAACUGAAGAAUUGCACCACAUUUCAUGUUGUGGCAGCAAAGAUAUGGAAGGCAAUGAGCAUUGCAGUACAGAUGCAAGAGGAAAGGAUUUUCACCAUGUUGUUUCCGAUGGAUGCUUGCAAAAGAACUGUGCCACAAGCACCAUGUGGGCUUGCAGGGAAUGCAAUGCAUUGA